GAGUUAGCUACCCUGUUUACGUUUAGUUUACGAAUGUGUUGAUAAAAUAUUUAGAUUUAGAAAUUCUAGAUCCGCUACCACUGUAAUUUCUUCAUCAGAACUUUGUACCAAUCAUAACAGAACUCAUCAAAACAGAUUUUAGUUGUAGACUUGAUUCUAAUAAUACAUUUGUAAACUUCCAAGAUGCCUAGAAGCCGAAGCAGAUCACCGCCUAGUAAACGAGAUAGGAGAAGAUCAAGGUCUCGUUCUAGAGAAAGGCGGCACCGAAAGAAGAGAAGUAGAUCACGAUCACCAAGACAUAGGCCUUCACCUCCACCAAGACACAGGUCUAGAUCCAUUUCUCCUAGGAAAAGGUCAAUAACCCCUCCUAAAAAAAUUAAAGAUAUAGAUCCAGAAAAAAUUGAUCCUAAAGUAAUAGACAUUGAGAAAUCUUCUGUCGACAACAGUAAACUUGAUGGGCUUGAUGAAGAGCAGCUAAACAUGAUGAAACUUAUGGGUUUUUCUACAUUUGAUUCUACUAAGGGAAAAAAAGUUGUUGGCAAUGAUGUUUCAGCUGUGAAUUUACAAAGAAAGAGACGCUACAGGCAAUACAUGAACAGAAGAGGAGGAUUCAAUCGACCAUUGGAUUUUGUAGCUUAAUGUAAAAUAAAUUGUAAUUUUCACCUGUAAAUAUUUUUUCCAGUAAGACUCAUCAUAUCUUGUCACUCAAAGUAAAGUUGGUAAUUGUUUUUAUUUAGAUCGUCUUUGGGUAUCUGUUUUACAAUUUUAGAAUAAUUAAUUUUCAGGAAAGAUUCAUCUGUAGGGCCUACAAUUACAAAUAGCUGUGCAGUCUAAAUUUUCAAAAGGUACUGAUUAGAUUAAUUUGAUAUUUUUUUAAUGCAGUAAAUCACUGCUGUUUAACAGUUCUUAUGUAUUUUUUUUUCUUGAGUCAAGAUUGAUUGAAUAUUAUUUUUUUUACACUGUGUAUGAAUAAAUGAUGUCUGUAAUCUCUA